UUUUUUCACACGUGAAAAUCGGCGAUCAACGCCUUUUGACUAAAACCACUGACUACACCUUCGGAAAGUCACAUUUUGGAUUAAUUUCUGGGAUCGUUAUCAAGAUAUCUUAGUAGCAUAUACUUUGAAGAGAAUUAGAAGCCCUUUUUCGUGACAGGGUAGGACAGGGCCGGGACCAGGAUGCAUAACUCAGAAGCAGUCAGGUCCAGCAUGGUCCAGAACCCUACCUGGGCUAGACCUGUUCCUACGAGAGAGCCACACCCUCCAUUUGCUGUGGAUAGACCAAGACCAAGACCACAUUCAGCACCCAUGAAGAGGCCCACCGUGGGAGGCAAGCCAAACUGGCGCGAUGCCCGAUCCAACGAUUUCACCAAGCAGCAACGAAAGUUCAACCUGUCGUUACGUCACACAAGCAACGAUAGUCAGAUGAGCAGAAUAGCGCCCUAUGCUGCAAGAAGAUUAGACACACUGAGUUCCGAUGCACGAAUGCGAGCCGUCGUCUACCCCCGGGUAGAGAACGGCCGUAAGAUAGCACUGCCUGAAUACAACUCCUUUAGCGAUCCACAUCUUACUGAGUACUAUGCCAAGAAGUUUGGUGUGCAGCUGCCCAAACCACCUCCAGGAAUGAAAAAGAGACCACAAAGUGCAAGCAGUCGUCUUGGCAACGGCAGACCCAAGGGGUCAGGACCUGAAGUGACCUAUCAGGUCAAAGUUCAAACUGGUGACAAGAAGAAUUGCGGCACAACAGCAACUGUCACCAUACAGCUCAAAGGCAGCAAGGGCAAAAUGCCAAAGAGGAAACUAACCAACACAUCAAAGAACAAACAGUCUAAGACAAACUCCGGACUGCCGUCGGUCAAAUUCAGCCGCAACUCAACCAAGACGUUCAAGAUAAAGAGCCAGGACCUAGGUGAAUUGAAGUCUCUGACCAUUGAGCAUGAUGGUCUAGAGAAGAAGCAGGGCUGGUUGUUAGAGUCUAUUGAAGUCACUCAGCUAACAAGCAAGAAGACUUGGAUCUUUCCAUGCAGUCAGUGGCUGUCAUUGUUUGAGAGUGAUUGUCAGCUCAGCAGAGAACUGAAGGCACUUGACGCCAAGAAAUACGGAAGGACUGUGUAUGAGGUCGUCACAGUAACGGGAGACAGAAAAGGGGCGGGGACGGACUCCAACGCGUACAUCACUCUGUACGGUAUCCGAGGUACGAGUAAGAAGAUGCAGCUACCUACCAAACCAGGGACUAACCCGUUUGAGAGAGGGACCAGCGAUAUCUUCCAACUCAAAUGCAACAAUGUGGGUCCUCUCAAGAGAAUAAGAAUUGAGCAUGACAACACUGGGUUCGGGCCUGGCUGGUUCCUUGACCGGGUGGUCGUGACCGACACCAACAACCCUAAGAGAGGCAAGUUCUACUUCCCCUGCAGCCAGUGGCUCGCCAAAGAUGAAGCCGAUGGGAAGAUCUCCAGAGACCUCAUCGGAAGCAGAGAUCCACUAGCUGUCAGAAAAGCUCACAAGUAUAAGGUGCAUGUGUUCACAGCCAGCAAGCGCAACGCAGGAACAGACGCAAACGUUUUCAUCACCGUGUUUGGAGAAGGCGGGGAUUCCGGGGAACACAAACUGGACAACUCUAAGAACAAUUUCGAGAAGGGAAAGGAGGAUGAGUUUGUAAUCGACUCCAUCGCUCUUGGACCAUUGCAGAAAGUCAGGAUAGGCCAUGACAACACAGGACCUGGUCCUGCUUGGUUCCUGGACAAGAUCAUCAUAGAUGACUUAGAGCUAAAUGCAACGUAUGAGUUCCCCUGCGGACGAUGGCUAGCUAGAGACGAAGAUGAUGGACUCAUCACAAGGGAGCUCUACUUCGGAGGUCAGGGGUCAAAAGGUAUUCCGUAUGAGAUACGCGUAACCACUAGCGACAAGCGGCAGGCCGGUACCGACGCACGCGUCUACAUCGUCAUGUACGGCGGUAAGGACGGAGAAGAGACGAGCGGUAAGGUCUGGCUUGAUGGGAACUUCGAUAGAGGGCGCACUGCUGUCUGUUCGGCGGAGAUCGGAUCGAUGCUGAGCCCCCUCUCAAGGAUCGAUGUCGGUCAUGAUAACUCAGGCCCUGGGGCUGGCUGGCAUUUAGACAGGGUUGCAAUAGACUGCCCUGCAGCCGGUGUAGAGCAAACCUUUAUCUGUAAUCAAUGGUUAGCUGAUGGUGAAGGAGACCGGAGGAUCGAGAGGACGCUCCAGGAAACCAAAUCAAUGAGAAAAACAAAAGGCAAACGUGCUGUUUGGAACGUCACCGUUCAGACCAGCGACGUGUCAAACGCCGGCACCGACGCCAAGGUCUCCAUCUGUCUCUAUGGCGACAAGGGCAAGUCGGACGAGGUGGAGCUGGAGAGUCAGAGCGAUACCUUUGAGCAGGGCGAGAGCGACACCUUCAAGAUGGAGUUAGCGCCCGUCGGUAAACCCUAUAAGCUGAGAGUGUGGCAUGAUAAUGGGGGUAGAGGGCCUGGCUGGCAUCUAGAGAAGAUUGUGAUGGAGAACGUGGCCACAGGGAAGACGUACAUGUUUCCAUGCCAACGAUGGUUAGCUCGGGAUGAGGAUGAUGGUGAGAUCAUCAGGGAGUUACCAGCCACGGCAGACAACAUCAAGAAACCUUUACCAGUUGUGAAAUAUCAAGUCAGCGUACACACAGGAGAUAAGUUUGGUGCUGGAACCGAUGCGAACGUCUUUUGUAUGCUCUUUGGCGAACUCGGGGACACAGGUGAACGGCCCCUCAUGAAGUCUUCAACAAAUCGAAACAAGUUUGAGAGGAGAGCUGCGGUGGAUGUGUUCACAUUGGAAGCGGUGACCCUGAGGCAGAUGAAGCGUAUCAGGAUAGGUCACGACGGCUCUGGAGCUGGAGCAGGCUGGUUCCUCGACAAGGUCGUCGUCACGGAGGAGGGCAAGAGCAAGUCAGAAAUGGUCUUCCCUUGCCAGAGAUGGCUGGACAGAGAUGAAGAUGAUGGCUUUAUCGUCAGAGAACUGGUCCCUGAAGGAACAUCUCAGUUACUAAGUACUACCUCCUACCAUGUCUCUGUGAAGACUGGUGACGAACGUGGAGCAGCUACCGACGCCAAUGUCUAUUUGAAGCUGUUUGGCGUAGAUGGGGACACCGGCCUGAUACCGCUAAAGCAGUCAGAAAAUACCAAGAACAAGUUUGAGCAAGGCAGGGUGGACAAGUUCACACUAGAGGCUGUGGAUAUUGGAAAGAUUAAAUACAUGCAAGUUGGACACGAUGGGUCUGGACCUGGUGCUGGUUGGUUCCUGGACCACAUAGAGAUAGACAUUCCAUCCCGCGGUGAGAACUACAUGUUUGCAGCGCAUCGCUGGUUAGCGGAGAAUGAGGAGGAUGGUGAGCUAGAGAUCGAACUCCAGCCUUCUAACUUCAAGCAGUCAAAGCCUCGGAUUCCUUAUGAGAUCACUGUAAUAACUGGAGACAAGUCAGGAGCCGGCACCGAUGCAAACGUCUUCCUGACAAUGUACGGGGACGAUGGAGCCAAGACAGAAGAAUUCUCGCUCAGAAACAGGACUGAUAACUUUGAGAAGAACAUGACAGACAAAUUCAAGAUUGAAGCAGAAGAUGUUGGACCCCUCUCCAAGAUCAGAAUAGGUCAUGAUGGUGCUGGACGCUUUGCUGGAUGGUUUCUAGGGAGGGUGAUCAUUGAGAGGUUUCCACCCAAAAAGAAGAAGAAAAAGCACUCAAAGUCCAAACCAAAGUCAAAAUCAAAACGAAGAGAACGAUUGAGCGACGAAGAGGAGGACAAUGACAGCUACGACAAGAACUCGUUGUCCGAUGACGGGUCAAACGAUCCACCAGAUACAGACAAGUGCAUCUUCCUCUGUAAUAGAUGGCUGGCAAGGAGUGAGGACGACGGUCAGAUCGUCAGAGAGUUGGUUCCAACGGAUGAACAUGGCAAAUUACUCAGGAGAAACUCUCUUGCAUUGAGUACUUACAAGGUUCAUAUCUUCAGUGGGGAUAUCUUCCAAGCCGGCACCGAUGCAAACGUCUUCAUCAACAUCUACGGAGAGAAGGGGGACACCGGGGAGAGGAGCAUGAAAGACUCAGAGACAAAUAUGAACAAAUUUGAACGUGGGCAGGAGGAUGUUUUCUCCAUAGAAGCCGCAGAUCUUGGAGCGCUGAAGAAGAUGAAGAUUCGUCAUGACAACGCUAACGUUGGCUCUGAUUGGUUCCUUGAUAGAGUAGAGGUGGAGGAUCCCAAGAAGAAUGCAAGGUACUACUUCCCCUGCCAGAGGUGGCUUGCAACGAAUCGUGAUGAUGGUCAGAUCGCUCGUGAGUUGAUCCCUGUGGACAAGGACUUAAUCAACAGAGCUCUCCAGAGGAAGAAAUCAUCAACAUCAAUAAAGGACCAAUUCGGUCUGGAACUCAAAUCUGCCAUGCAAACCUUCAACAUCUCUGUGACGACCUGUGACGAGCGGGGCGCCGGGACAGACGCCAACGUCUACAUUAUCCUGUAUGGAGAGAACGGUGAUACCGGAAGAAACUUCCUCAAGUCCUCCAAGACCUACCGAGACAAGUUUGAGCAAGGCCAUUCGGAUGAGUUUGUUGUGGAGGCGGUGGAUAUCGGGGAACUGGAGAAAAUAAGGAUUGGCCAUGAUAAUAAGGGAGGAUUUGCUGGUUGGAAGUUGGAAAAGGUAGAAAUUGACGCGCCCUCGCUUGGCAAGCGUUGGUGCUUCCCCUGCGGCCGUUGGCUUGACAAGUCAUCGGACGAUGGUCAGAUAGAGAGGGAGCUGCUGCCUGUUGAGUCUAGGAUGGAGGAAUAUGAAAAACAUGUCCCUUAUGAGGUGACGGUCUACACCAGUGACGUGAACGGCGCCGGGACAGACGCCGAUGUUUUCAUCGUCCUCUAUGGCAGAGAGGUGGUUACCACUCAGAAGAGUCUCUGUGAUAACAAGAAGAAGCGAAAGGAGUGCUUUGAGAAGAGUAGUGAGGAUAAGUUUGUUGUCGAGCUCGAAGAUGUUGGGGAUACUAUAGAGAAGAUAAGGAUCGGCCACGAUAAUGCUGGCUUCGGUGCUGCUUGGCAUCUUAAUAAAGUGGAGAUCCGUAAGCUCCUGGAUGGCAAAAAGCAGGGUUCCAGGACCUACGUGUUCCCGUGCAACCGCUGGUUCUCAAGGAAGGAAGACGACGGUGAGAUCAUCAGGGAACUGGUCCCGGACCAGGUCACAGAGGAGAAGACCAAGAAAGAUGGAACAACCAAGACUAAAGAGAUCAAGCAAAACACACUCACAAAGCGUCAGUACAAGCUGCUGGUAUACACAGGGGACACCUUCCGGGCUGGAACCGAUGCAAACGUCUACUUGACGGUCUAUGGAGAGAACGGGGACAGUGGAGAAAGACAACUCAGGAACUCCGAGAGCUACAGCGACAAAUUUGAAAGAGGACAUUGUGAUAAAUUCACCAUCGAAGCCGUUGACCUCGGCAAACCCUUCAAGGUCAAGGUUCGUCAUGACAACUCCGGGUUCAACGCGGCCUGGUUCCUGGACCGCGUGGAGGUGGUGGACGACGAUAACGACACGUACCACUUCCACUGUGAACGCUGGCUCAGCAAGAAGAAAGACGACGGCAAACUGGAGAGGUCGUUGUAUGUCAAGGGUUAUGAUGGUGACAUGUCUAGUACCAGUACUCUCAACACCCUACAUAGAAGCAAGUCGUCUAGUUCCCUGAAAUCUACAUCAUCAGACAGCCCUCGGCAGCUCACCAGAAAAAAGUCAAUGCUCGAGAUGCCUGAGUUUAAUGGGCCAACUAUACCAUACACGAUCAAGCUGACAACAGGAUCAGAGGAAGAUAUGGGAACGGAGGCAAACAUCUUCAUCACCAUCAUCGGCUCCAAGAAGAAGAAAACUACAGGCAAGCUCCCUCUACAGUUGGUUGGCAAGAAGUCUUUGAAACCCUCUUCGAUCGAGACCUUCUCACUUGAAGCCCCUGACGUAGGAGAAGUCCACAAAGUGGAGAUUGGCCACGACGGCGUCACAUCCCAAGAGGGCUGGUUCCUAGAGCAGAUGGAGAUAGACACGCCCACCCUCGGCAAACACUACCUGUUGCCAUGCCGACGCUGGUUGUCACGUGACGAGGAUGACGGACAGACCUUCCGUAUGCUGAUCGUGGAGGAUGGCCAGAAAGUUGAAUAUAAACCAAAAAUCACUUAUGAGUUGGUGGUUUUCACGGGAGAUGUUCAGAACGCUGGCACGGAUGCCCAGGUUUCACUGACUGUGUUUGGAACGAAUGGUUGCAGCAAGGAGAUUGUCCUGGAUAAGAACGGAGAUAGAUUUGAGAGGGGCAGAGAAGACCUUGUAAAGCUUGAGCUUGAAGACAUUGCACCCCUUAAGAAGAUCAGAAUAGGUCACAAUGGCAAGGGUAGCAGAACAGACUGGUAUCUCAAUAAGGUGACUCUGAGGAAUAUGGAGACCGGAGAUCUGACAACAUUCAAAUGCGAAGGAUGGCUUUCAAAGAGCAUGGGAGACAAGAAGACAGUGAAAGAGCUUGCAGCUAUCGUCAAAGGAAAGGCUCAAGUCAAAAAUUCCAACUACAAGAUCAUCGUCAAGACCUCCGACAAGCGGGGCGGCGGGACGGACGCUAACGUUUCCAUGGUGCUGUUCGGACAGAACGGCUCGUCGGACGAGCUGAAGCUGAAGGAGUCGCAGACCUACCGAGACAAGUUUGAAAGCAGCCAUGAAGAUGUUUUCAUCUUCCCCAUGUUGAGUCUGGGAGAUUUGAUCAAACUGAGGAUAUGGCAUGACAACGCAGGUCUGAAGGCAGGAUGGCAUCUUGACAACGUGAAGGUCCUUGACGAAACAGCUGGAAAGGAUUAUUCUUUCCCAUGUUCAAGAUGGCUAGCGAGGGACGAGGAGGAUGGACAAAUUAUGAGAGAACUGCUCUGCUCCAAUGCACUCACCCCGAGGGAUGACAAGGAGAAAGUCACAUAUGACAUCACUAUUACAACAACAGACAAGCGAGAUGCCAGCACCACUCAGAACGCAUUCGUAAUUCUAGAAGGCGAUAGACGUACAUCGAGAGAAUUCUUGAUGGAAAACUCCCCAAAGAGAAAGAUUCUAAGGAGAGGAGAGACAGACAAUUUCAAGUUCACCACGAGGACUGUGGGUAAAAUCGACAGUAUCAUUGUUGGUCACAAGGAGAGAGGUGAUGGGUCAAGACCCGAGGGUCAAGGUCGUGACGUAGAUUGGCACUGCCACGAGGUCGUCAUUACAAAUAGCAGCGAUGGAUCAAAAUUCGUCUUUCCAUGCAAGAAUUGGAUCACAUUAAGUAAUCGUAAAGACGAAGCGAGAAGACUACAGUGCAAGAAGAUGGAAGAGGGCAAGGUAGCGGCGAUAAGAAAUCUAGCCCCAGUUCAAUACGAGGUAAUUGUUCUGACGGCUGAUGAGAAAGGAGCGGGGACGGAUGCUAACGUCACCCUCACCAUCUACGGCAAAAAUGGAGAUUCUGGAAAACAACCGUUGAAACAACGAUUCAGGGAUCUUUUUGAAAAAGGCCAAACAGACAAGUUCAAACUGGAGGUCCUUGACCUGGGUGACCUUGAGAAGAUCAGGAUCGAGCACGACAACGCCGGCUUCGGAGCUGGCUGGCUCUGCGAUCACGUUGAGAUCAUCAACUUGGCAACCGGGCUCACAACCAUGUUCCCUUGUCACAAGUGGCUGGACAAGAAGAAGGGAGAUGGGGAACUGUUUAAGGAGUUGUUCCCUGCCAAAGAAUAGGAUUAAAUGCAAGUCCGAAUGAGAUCAUAGUACUUUAGUGGAAGUGUUUACACUAUGAUGGUUUAAACUAAGUUUUAAAUCUUGUUUGCAUCACCUUGGUUUGAAAGAAGGAAGUGGGGAUCUUUGAAAGGAGAGAAUAAGAGGGAAUGUGAAUGUACCCAUCGGUUUUGACUGGCCGAAUUCACAUUUUGAUAAUUAUAACGUUUCUCAUCUCGUUUAUACAUGUACCAUGUAGUUGUAUGCUUUGAAUAGAAAGACUGAUAGGGAUUAAGAGUUGCUUUCUGCCAAAGAGUGAGAUUAGAUUAAGUGUGAAUGAACCCAAUGGGAGUGUUCUCAUUAUGAUCUAAUAAUUUUUUACCUCACUUUAACCAUGGUGGAUCAAGAUGGUAAAGAACAACAUUCUUGCACAAGUGCAUGAUAUAUAAAUAUAUGUUAUGUACAGAAAAAAUUGAUUUAUUCAGUUGUUCCUUUCAGACUAUAUCAGAGUGUGAAUAGACCAGUUUGUUUUACAUGGAUAUGUUUAUACUAGUCUUACACAACGUAGUUGCGGGAGCGUGAAAAUGUAGGAGUUUGCAUCAUUUUAGUAAUGAACAGUAAAAGAAGAUCUAUAGUCUGUUUAUCAAUUAUUGCAUUGUAAAUUAGGAGAUAUCUUAGAGUUGAAGGAAUAACUGGAUACUGGUAUACGAUGGCAUUUUUUCUCUUGUUUUUAUACAAUUUGAAUUUCCAUACCAAAUGGGUUUUCAGAUCAUUCGAAAAGUGCAUUUUUUUCUUAAUCAUUUCUGCCUUAUUUUAUGUAUGUAUCAUGAAUUCAGGAUUCUAAGUUUUAACAAAUAAUGAAGUCAUUUCCCAUUUCAAGUUCUGUGCUUUUUGUGCCAAAGGUUGACGUUUUUUUAUAAAAAUAUCAUUUCUGUUCACAUCGAUAUCUUACGAUGCACAAACAAUUCUUUCUAAAAGGCUGUAUUGUUUAUUUUAUCAACGUUGGCUGAAUGAAUAUACAGGCGCAGUCUUGUUCUAAUGCUGACAUUUCUCAGGAGUAAUGCAAUCAUGUUUUUUGAUUAGCAUAAACUACUGGUUUGGAAGAUAAAAUCUAUUUUUGUCGUAAAUUGUUCAUUUUCAAUUAUGUUCUAUGUAUCCCUCAAUGCAAGUGUUGUAUUUCUGUGCUUACUGCCACCUUGUUCCUUGAGAAUGCAAACAAAAAGUGAUUUUUGUGCUAUGUAUUCAGGGGAAAAUAACGAAGAUAGUUUAUUGUAGUGUUCAUGUGUGAUUAUAUUUGUGAUAUUGAUAGUAAGUUAUUGCUGUAUGUUGAUAUGACCUUGUGAAUUAACAUUCCAGUUAGUUGUAAUGAAUAAUUUGUAAUCAGAGAUUAAUAUAUUUGAUUUGUAAAUAUUUUAAAAGAAGAAGAUUUUUUUGUAUGUGUAUAAGGGAUUUCUAGUUGGUAAGAAAUUGUAAGAUAAAUGAUAUGAACAUGUAACAAAUUAACAACUUAAAUUUUAUCUCAUUACUCGGGCUAUAUAAUUCUUGGUCUCUCUCCUCCCUCUCUCUCUAUCUCUCUCUCAGUCUCUCCCACUCUUUCUCUCUCCCUCCCCCACUUACUCUCUUUAUCUCUCCCUACUCUGUCCCUUUCAUGUCUAUGUGUUUAUUUCAUUCUUAAAAUGUAUUUUUCCUGUUAAAUUUUUCAUUCUUUGUCUUUCCUUAUAAUUUUGUUUUCAAUCUUCUUACUUUUCUAAUUAAAGGGGACAUACAUUUUAAUUUGUAUAGUGAGAUGUGUUUCGAUUUAUAUAGUAGCAACUGAAAUAUUUAUGGAUAACUUUGUAUUAUAUGUGUCGAAAAUAAACUUUCAAGCUUUAGAUAUAUGUACUAGCCUAGCUAUUUUGUCUGCCAAAAUUUCAAAUGGAAUCGUAUGAAUAUUGUUACAUGCUUUCAAAUCCCCUUUGUUUUCAAGUUUUGACUCUGAUUUAGUAUAGUUGAUUAGCUAAGAAAUUGUCAUAUCCCUGCCACCCAUUUCUCCACUGUUCUGUAACUGUUUUGUAUAGAUAUAUGUAUAUUGUUGAUUAGCAGAGA